AUGUCUAAAACCCCCCACAGAUGGCAAAUGGAACUAACAGACUGCAUUGCAUCAUACAUGAAAGCCAGAUUUCAAGAGGAGGCCUAUCAUCACCCAAUCAACAUUGGGAAAAAUUGGGGUGGAAAAACCUGCAAUGCAGAAGCUGCUGAGAGAUACACAGAAGUGACUGAGCCAUCCAUUCUGGUGACUGACUCAAACACCAUCUGCAUUUGGUAUUUGCCAGAUGCUCUCAGCCCAAAAAGAAGGGCCAACAUAUGGAACUGCCUUCAUCUUCUGAGGGAACCACUGUGGGAGAGCAUAAAGGCUUCCCCACAGGCAUGGCAGAUGGACAAGUCAUAUUUCUGUGAUAAUGCUGAGUUGAAAGGCACCAUCAACCUGUCACCUGCAUGGUUUCAACAGGGUCAUGGGGUGGCCCCAAAAUGGCUUCCUGGAAGCCUCAUGGCUGCUCAAAUCCAGGACAGAAAACACUUCUACAAGGGAAUGGAUGGCAGGGAAGCAUUGAUCCACCUUGGCAAACAGGUGGAACAGCGGGUGGAUUCAGAUAUGAGCUCCAUACUGCUGAUAUGGAGCUCCACAUAUAGCAGCAUGUCUGUGAUGGUGAAUCAAGCAACUUGUUACUGCAGGGAUAUCAAUGGAUGGGAUCCAUGGUAUGACAUGCUGGUAACUGUGGGCAACUACCUGCCCUUGGACUUUGUCAUUCCAACAUUGAAUCUGCAGCUGUGCUACAACCCAGGGACAAUCAUUGCAUUUUCAGGUUCAGCACUGGAGCAUGGGGUGGGAGUUGUAGAUGGUGACAGAGCAUGCCUGGCAUACUACAUGCAUGCCAAUGAUAUGCUGGCUCUUGAAUUUUGGAUGGGUGGUGUUGCCAAGAUUUUGCAAAUGGGUGGGUGCUUUGACAUCAUAGAUUGGGCAGGUACUCAGAGCUAA